AUGGCGAGCGUUCAGCCGGUGGCCACGCCGGGCGACAGAGCACAUCCCCCCGGGCACAGGCAGCACGGAGCCGCCGCCGACGCCGGCUCCGGUAACGGUGACAUGAUGAUGACGAUGUCUUGCUCCGGCUCGGUGGUGAUAAACCCGUCGGUUCCAAUUCGGAAUAUCAAGAUGAAAUUUGCAGUCCUCAGUGGUCUCAUUCAAGUCGGAGAGGUCAGCAAUAGAGAUAUCGUGGAAACAGUGUUAAAUCUGCUUGUUGGCGGGGAAUUUGACCUGGAGAUUAACUUUAUCAUCCAGGAUGCAGAGGGCAUCAUCUGUAUGCUAGAGCUGUUGGAGGUCUGUGAGGUCACAUGCCAGGCGAUAAUCUGGAGCAUGUUCACAGCUAUACUGCGCAAGAGUGUCCGCAACCUGCAGACCAGCACUGAGGUCGGCCUCAUUCAAAGGCUAUUGCUCAAGAUGAGCUCAGUGGAUGACAUGAUUGCAGACCUGUUGGUGGAUAUGCUCGGAGUUUUAGCCAGCUACAGUAUCACUGUCAAAGAACUCAAAUUGCUCUUCAGCAUGCUGCGAGGUGAAGGCGGAUUGUGGCCAAGACAUGCAGUCAAACUUCUUUCCGUUCUCACUCAAAUGGCACAGAGACAUGGACCAGACACUUUCUUUAACUUCCCAGGGCGAAGUGCAGCUGCGAUUGCGUUACCUCCUAUUGCCAAAUGGCCUUAUCAGAAUGGCUUCACCCUCAACACAUGGUUCCGUAUGGAUCCUCUCAACAACAUCAACGUGGACAAAGAUAAACCAUACCUUUACUGUUUCAGAACCAGCAAAGGCAUAGGCUAUUCUGCACAUUUUGUGGGUAACUGUUUGAUUGUGACAUCACUGAAAUCGAAAGGAAAGGGUUUCCAGCACUGUGUGAAAUAUGACUUCCAGCCCCGCAAGUGGUACAUGAUCAGCAUCGUUCACAUCUAUAAUCGAUGGAGGAACAGUGAGAUCCGCUGUUAUGUCAAUGGACAGCUUGUCUCCUAUGGCGACAUGGCUUGGCACGUCAACACCAACGACAGCUAUGACAAAUGUUUCCUGGGCUCAUCGGAGACGGCAGACGCCAACCGAGUGUUCUGUGGGCAGCUCGGAGCCAUCUAUGUGUUCAGUGAAGCGCUAAACCCGGCUCAGAUAUUUGCCAUCCAUCAACUAGGACCUGGAUACAAGAGCACCUUUAAGUUCAAAUCUGAGAGUGACCUCCACCUGGAGGACCACCAUAAACAAGUGUUAUAUGAUGGGAAAUUGGCAAACAGCAUCUCUUUCACCUACAAUGCCAAAGCCACGGAUGCUCAGCUCUGCCUGGAAUCUUCACCCAGAGAAAACCCCUCUAUUUUUGUGCACUCACCCCACGCUCUAAUGCUACAGGAUGUGAAGGCCAUUGUAACUCACUCGAUUCACAGUGCCAUUCACUCCAUUGGUGGUAUACAGGUGCUUUUUCCUCUCUAUGCCCAGCUGGAUUUCCAUCAGCACAAUGAAGGCCAUGUGGAGAUUGCUGUAUGUUCCACUCUUCUGGCCUUCCUGAUGGAGCUGCUGAAGAGCUCUGUGGCAAUGCAAGAACAGAUGUUAGGAGGGAAGGGCUUCCUGGUGAUUGGGUACCUCCUAGAAAAGUCAUCGCGGGUGCAUAUCACAAGGGCUGUUUUGGAGCAGUUCCUCUCGUUUGCCAAAUACCUAGAUGGCCUUACCCAUGGAGCACCUCUCCUCAAACAGCUUUGUGACCAUAUUCUGUUCAAUGCUGCUAUUUGGAUCCACACACCCACAAAGGUCCAACUCUUGCUGUACACGUACCUUUCAUCAGAGUUCAUUGGUACAGCAACCAUCUACAACACCAUCCGUCGGGUUGGGACUGUCCUGCAGAUCAUGCACAUACUGAAGUACUAUUACUGGGCCGUUAACCCUGCCCACACCAGCGGCAUCACACCCAAAGGCCUGGAUGGUAUGCGGCCUUCACAGAAAGAGAUCACCUCACUCAGAGCCUUCAUGCUGCUGUUUCUCAAACAGCUCAUACUCAAGGACCGAGGGGUUAAAGAGGAUGAACUUCAAAGUAUUCUCAACUACCUGCUGACCAUGCAAGAGGAUGAGAACCUCCAUGAUGUUCUUCAGCUGCUGGUGGCCCUCAUGUCUGAGCACCCUGCCUCCAUGAUCCCUGCCUUCGACCAGAGGAACGGCAUCUGGGUAGUAUACAAACUACUGGCUUCCAAGAGUGAAAGUAUCAGAGUACAGGCACAGAAAGUUCUGGCAUAUUUCCUCAAACACUUAGGCCACAAGAGGAAGGUGGAAAUAAUGCACACAAACAGCCUAUUCAUACUUCUUGGAGAGCGACUCAUGCUACACUCCAACACGCUGUCAAUAACUACAUACAACACACUUUAUGAGAUCCUCACAGAGCAGGUGUGCACACAGGUCGUCCAUAAACCUCAUCCUGAAACUGACUUGGCUGUGAAGAUCCAGAACCCAAUGAUUCUAAAGGUGGUGGCCACACUGCUGAAGAACUCCACACCCAGUGCAGACCUGAUGGAAGUGCGGCGGCUUUUUCUCUCUGACAUGAUCAAACUCUUCAGCAACAGCCGGGAGAACAGACGGUGUCUGCUGCAGUGUUCCGUGUGGCAGGACUGGAUGUUCUCUCUCGGAUACAUUAAUCCGAAGAACUCAGAAGAGCAGAAGAUCACAGAGAUGGUUUACAACAUCUUCCGGAUCCUUCUCUAUCAUGCCAUCAAGCACGAGUGGGGCGGCUGGCGUGUUUGGGUGGACACACUCUCCAUUGCCCACUCCAAAGUGACAUAUGAAGCUCACAAGGAGUAUUUAGCCAAAAUGUAUGAGGAAUACCAGCGUCAGGAAGAGGAGAACAUUAAGAAAGGGAAGAAGGGACUUGUCAGCACUAUCUCUGGGCUCUCUGCCCAGGCUUCCACCAUUAAAGGCACUCUGCAGCUGGACCCAGACUCCCAGACCCUAACACCUGAGAUUGAAGUAGAUGAACCAGAGACAACAGACACUGGGCGGAACCUCCUGUCUGAAACUAAGAGUUUGGCUGUGGAGAACCCAGCAUCAGGUGUCCGUGUUGAAGUUCACGACCUGCUGGUGGACAUCAAAGCUGAGAAAGUUGAAGCCACGGAGGUGAAAAUAGAUGACAUGGACCUCUUACCUGAAACAUUGAGUGUCACAGAAAAUGGUAGCUUAGUGGAGGUGCACUCUCUCCUGGACAACGUCUACUCAGCUGCGGUGGAGAAGUUAAACAGCAAUGUAAAUAGUCUGCUGGUGCCUAAAACCAGUUUAGAAGAUAAAACCUCAGGUCCUCUCAUCAAUCUGGCCGAUGAAAAAGACACCAUUUCCAGCAGCAACACCUUCCUCUUUGGCACAAUGUCGACCAGCUCUAGAGAGAACCUCCUGCCUGAAAUGGGACUGUCUGAACCACUACCGUUGUCUGGAGUGGAACCUCAUGUCCACACCAGCUCCAGUCCAGAUCUUGGACUUCUGACUCUCAUGGCAAAGAGCUCAAAAGACUUGAAAGCCACCUCUGCAGCUUUGGAGGAUGACAGCUUUAAGCUGCAGCCUGCCUUGAGUGGUUUCAAUGUCUGUGAAGGGGAAAGGUUGUAUAAAUGCCCGGGGCAAUUGGAGCUGGUGGCAGAGGAGCUGGAGCCAGAGGUUCUUGGAGGAAAGAUAAGCGCAGAUGUUACAAGCACCACAUCAGACACAGAGAAAGCAGACGAUGGCAAAGACAAAGAUAUAAAGAAGAUUCAGACUGCUACUACAACACAGAGUCUGCACAGCCGUUCUGGGAGUCAGUUGGACAGAGAUUUUCGGGUAGACCUUGGCUUCAGAGGCAUGCUGAUGUCAGAGGAGCAGCGGCAUCAGUUCAGCCCUGGUCCACGCACCACCAUGUUCCGUAUCCCUGAGUUUAAGUGGUCCCCCAUGCACCAGCGCUUACUUACAGACCUGUUCUUUGCCCUGGAGGCAGAUGUGCACAUUUGGAGAAGUCAUUCAACAAAAUCAGUAAUGGACUUUGUGAACAGCAACGAGAAUAUAAUCUUUGUGCACAACACCAUUCACCUGAUCUCACAGAUGGUGGAUAACAUUAUCAUUGCCUGUGGAGGAAUCCUUCCUCUUCUCUCUGCUGCCACCUCACCUUCUAAUACCAAGACUGAAUUUGAGGUCAUUGAGACGAUGCAGGGCAUGUCAUCUGAGACGGCUGUGAUCUUUCUGAAUCGACUGAUGGCCAUGGUGGACGUGCUGGUUUUUGCAAGUUCGCUCAACUUCAGCGAGAUCGAAGCUGAGAAGAACAUGUCCUCGGGAGGACUGAUGAGACAGUGCCUCAGACUAGUUUGUUGUGUGGCAGUCAGGAACUGUUUAGAGUGUCGACAACGUCAGAGAGAUAGGGGACUGAAGUCCACUCUGUCCUGCAGUAAGUCUCAGGAGGGAAUGCUAAGUGUGUUCACGGCCAGCAAGACCACAAUAGAAAGUUUCCCCAGCAACGUUUCUCCUAUCAAGGACCCAGAACGACUUCUGCAAGACGUGGAUAUCAACCGUCUGCGAGCUGCUGUCUUCCGUGACGUUGAUGACAGUAAGCAGGCCCAGUUCCUGGCUCUUGCUGUUGUGUAUUUUAUCUCUGUCCUCAUGGUAUCUAAGUACCGGGAUAUUCUGGAGCCCCAGCAGGAGACGGUCAGGUUCAUUAGCCAAUCUGGAAGAGGGGUUCGGCAGGACAUUAGUUCCCCCACCAGCACAGAGAACCCAUCAGUCCUCUUUAAUGGCCGUAAGGAUGCCAUAAGUGCAAUGGAGGAGGCACGGCGAGAGAUACCCCUUCCUCAUUCUGACUCUGGACUGGGUGAUGAGCAGUUGUCUAGCAUGAUGAAUGGGGCUGACCUUGAACUUGGUGCUGGGGGUCCGAAUGGCAUGAGUGGGCUGCUCUGCACCCUGUCCUCAGAGGUCAAGUCGCAGGAGAACUUGGCUGAGCCGUCAAGCGUGGAGCACUCAUCGAUCUCCAGCAUUAGUCAGGCCAACAAAGGCAUCAAUAUCAAAGACAUCCUGAAGAGCCUGGUGUCAGCUCCUGUGGUGACCACAGAGAGUGGACCAGACCCCCUGUCCUACCCUGAUCACCUGGCCAUGAAGAGGGAAGCCCAAGCCAUGCUACCCAUGCAGUUCCAUUCCUUUGACAGGAGUGUGGUGGUACAGGCCAAGAAGCCUCUGUCAGGCCUGAUGGUGAACACAGUGGGGAGUUCUGGCUCCAGCAGUGCCUUGGCCUCAGGUAGCACCCCAAACAUCUUUGCUGCUGCAUCGACCACAUCCAAGAGCAUGAUCAACACUACAGGAGCCACAGAUUCGUCAACCUCCUCCUCCAACAGCUUUGUGAAUGGAGCCACCAGUAAGAAUUUGCCUGCAGCACAGACUGUUGCCCCCAUGCCUGAGGACACAAUGGAGAACAUUAGUAUCACCACCAAACUGGAGCGAGCUCUGGAGAAGGUGGCUCCCUUACUGAGGGAGAUCUUUGUGGACUUUGCUCCGUUCCUUUCUCGUACUCUGCUGGGCAGUCACGGCCAAGAGCUACUCAUAGAAGGUCUGGUGUGCAUGAAGUCCAGCACCUCGGUGGUGGAACUAGUUAUGUUGUUAUGCUCUCAGGAGUGGCAGAACUCCAUACAGAAGAACGCUGGCCUUGCUUUCAUUGAACUUAUCAACGAGGGAAGACUGCUUUGUCAUGCCAUGAAGGAUCAUAUCGUUCGAGUGGCCAAUGAGGCAGAAUUUAUCCUCAACAGACAACGAGCUGAAGAUGUCCACAAGCAUGCAGAGUUUGAGUCCAACUGUGCACAGUAUGCAGCUGACAGGAAAGACGAGGAGAUGAUGUGUGAUCACCUGAUCAGUGCUGCCAAGCAUCGUGAUCAUGUGACGGCCAAUCAGCUGAAACAGAAGAUCCUUAACAUCCUCACCAAUAAACACGGAGCCUGGGGCGCAGUAGCACAGAGGAGUUCCUGUCUUUUCCCUCUUUCAAGUCAGCUGCAUGACUUCUGGCGUCUGGAUUACUGGGAGGACGACCUCCGGAGGAGGAGGAGAUUCGUUCGAAACCCUUUUGGCUCCACCCACUUAGACAUCACGUGCAAACUGCUGAAUGACUAUGGCCCUGAGGAAGAGGAGGCACUGAGAGGGAGUAAGGGCAUCCGCGGGCAGAUAGUGGUCAGCCAGAGCCCUGAGACAGAGCUGAUGCUUGAGGGGGACGAUGAUGCUGUCAGCCUACUGCAGGAGAAAGAGGUGGACAACGUGGCAGGCCCUGUGGUUUUGAGCACUCCGGCCCAGCUCAUUGCCCCGGUCACUGUAGCUCGUGGGACUCUCUCUAUCACUACCACGGAAAUCUACUUCGAAGUGGAUGAAGAUGACCCAGCCUUCAGGCGCAUUGAUGCCAAAGUGCUGGUGUACUCUGAGGGGCUUCACGGCAAAUGGAUGUUCAGCGAGAUCCGAGCUGUGUUCACUCGCCGGUUCCUGCUUCAGAACACUGCACUGGAGAUCUUCAUGGCAAACAGAACAUCAGUUAUGUUUAACUUCCCCGAUCAGCCCACGGUGAAGAAGGUCAUCUACAGUCUUCCUCGUGUGGGUGUCGGCACAAGUUAUGGCCUUCCACAAGCCAGGCGAAUCUCUUUGGCUACCCCUCGGCAGCUCUUCAAGUCUUCUAACAUGACUCAGCGCUGGCAAAGACGAGAGAUCUCUAACUUUGAGUACCUGAUGUUUCUCAAUACAGUUGCAGGACGGACAUACAAUGAUCUCAAUCAGUAUCCUGUCUUCCCUUGGGUCCUCACAAACUACGAAUCUGAAGAGCUGGACCUCACAAUUCCCAGCAACUUCAGGGAUCUUUCAAAGCCAAUUGGAGCGCUGAAUCCAAAGCGCGCUGUGUUCUAUGCGGAUCGCUAUGAGUCAUGGGAUGAGGAAACUCCACCGUGCCACUACACAACUCACUAUUCCACUGCUGCCUCUACCCUCCAUUGGCUUGUCAGAAUAGAACCCUUCACCACAUUCUUCCUCGAUGCCAACGGUAACAAGUUUGAUCACCCGAAUCGCACUUUCUCUGGUGUCGCCCGCUCAUGGAGGCACUGCCAACGUGACACUGCGGAUGUGAAGGAGUUGAUACCUGAAUUCUACUACUUGCCGGAGAUGUUUGUGAACAGUAAUGACUACUGUCUGGGAGACAGGGAUGACGGUGUGCCUGUGUGUGAUGUGGAACUACCAGCCUGGGCGAAGAAACCGGAAGACUUUGUCAGGAUCAACAGAAUGGCCCUGGAAAGUGAGUUUGUGUCAUGUCAGCUGCACCAGUGGAUUGACCUUAUUUUUGGCUACAAGCAACGUGGCCCUGAGGCUGCACGCGCCCUCAAUGUCUUUCACCACCUGACCUAUGAGGGCUCUGUAAACCUCGACAUCCUCGCCAGCGAUCCCCCGCUAUGUGAGGCCAUGAAGGCUGAGAUCCAGAGUGUUGGACAGAUGCCUUCUCAGUUGCUUAUUGAGCCACAUCCUCCUCGUAGCUCCGCCAUGCACCUGUGUUUCCUUCCGCAGAGUCCGCUAAUGUUUAAGGAUCAGAUGCAGCAGGAUGUCAUCAUGGUGCUGAAGUUUCCCUCCAACUCUCCCGUCACUCACGUGGCUGCCAACACACUGCCACAUCUGAUGCUUCCCGCUGUUGUCACCAUCACUUGCAGCCGACUCUUUGCCGUCAACCGCUGGCAUAACACAGUGGGUCUUCGAGGAGCUCCAGGAUACUCACUUGAGCAGGCCCACCACUUACCCAUUGAGAUGGACUCUCUGAUUGCUAACAACUCAGGCACAAACAAGCGACAGAUCACUGACCUAGUUGACCAGAGUAUUCAGAUCAACACUCAGUGUUUCGUAGUGACAGCUGAUAACCGCUACAUCCUGGUGUGUGGUUUUUGGGACAAGAGUUUCCGCGUUUACUCCUCAGACACAGGCAAGCUCAUGCAGAUAGUGUUCGGGCACUGGGACGUGGUCACAUGUCUGGCACGCUCAGAGUCUUACAUUGGUGGUGACUGCUACAUUGUGUCGGGAUCCAGAGAUGCCACUCUGCUGCUAUGGUACUGGAGUGGACGACACCACAUCAUUGGAGACAACCCGAAUAACAGUGAUUACCCAGCUCCCCGUGCAGUUCUGACUGGUCAUGACUAUGAGGUGGUGUGUGUGUCAGUGUGUGCUGAGCUGGGAAUUGUUAUCAGUGGAGCGAAAGAGGGGCCAUGUCUGGUCCACACCAUCACUGGUGACCUCUUGAGGGCUCUGGAGGGCCCUGACUGCUGUGUGCUCCCCCGCUUGAUCUCAGUGUCCAGUGAAGGCCACUGCAUCAUCUACUAUGACAGGGGUCAGUUCUGCAACUUCAGCAUCAAUGGCAAGCUGCUGGCCCAGAUGGAAAUCAAUGACUCCACUCGUGCCAUUCUCCUGAGCAGUGAUGGGCAGAACCUAAUGACUGGCGGAGAUAACGGGGUGGUGGAGGUUUGGCAAGCCUGUGACUUCAAGCAGCUCUAUGUCUAUCCAGGCUGUGAUGCGAGCAUCCGAGCCAUGGACCUAUCACAUGAUCAGAGGACUCUGAUCACAGGCAUGGCAUCUGGUAGCAUUGUGGCUUUCAACAUUGAUUUUAAUCGAUGGCACUUUGAGCAUCACAACAGGUACUGAGAGAAAUCAGCCAAGGGGACUUCGCAGGAAGCUGCGACCUUAAACAAAAAUGUGC